GGGAAUCAGCUGCUGCUGUCCCCUCCCAGAUGGGGGGAUGCUGCUUCUGCUGCCUGGGAAGGGAAUAUGGGGGCAGGUUGGGAGGGGGGAGUUGCCACCUCACGGAGCUUUCCACCCAGGCCUCCUAGCCCCCCACAACCUCUGCCCUUGUUCUCCCCAGAGCUCCCGCUUAGGGCAACAGGGAAGGGCCUAAGCCAAGGGAGGGGCCGCUGGGGUGUGUCUGGCUCCCAUCCAGCAGGCUGUGUUCUCAGGAACUAGGACAGGCAGGGUCAAGCUGGGCACACCCCCCACCUUCACCACCCCUUGCUGGAGCUUAGGCUGGGAGGCGGGGACCCAGGUCCUGGGCUGCCAGGUGCUGCCACGGAUGCCCCGAGGUGACAGUAGCUGGUGGAAUGGACACUGUGUCAAGCCAGCCUGGAUGUGGAUGGCUGCAGGCUGGAGGGGAGGCUGGAUGCCUGGACCUGCGAGGCCUUCUCUGCUGUGAGGAGGCAGGGAGUGGGUGAGGACUCCUUUUUGGACAGACAAGACCAAGGGGGUGAAGCAGGAAUAACUCGCCCCUCCCCCCGCCUCCCCAGCAAGAAAACCUUCUCGACAAACAGGAGAAGCCAAGCAGGACUGAGCACCGCCCCCCCAACAUCUUUCCAAAGAGAGGCAUGUGGGGCCUGACAGCUCAGCGGCGCAUGUCAGCAGCUCCAGCCCCGCGGUGAACAUCUGAACUCCUCAGCGGGGUAAUGGACCCCCUCCUUCCCCCCCGAGACGAAGCCUGAGUGGCAGGAAUACCGAGUCUUUGGAGAGUGGCUCCCUCUCAGCUCUGUCACGCAAGAACGCUCUCUGCACCGGAGCCCAUUCUGCCAAGUGACUUAAAGGGAUUAAAAAAAACUUGGUGAAGAAAAGGGGGUAAAAGCCACGCAGGGGCCUUUCAGAGGAGGUGGCGGCCAACAGACAAAAGGGCAAAAGUUGAAAGAGGACAGCAAGAGGCCACCUGGGCGGGAUGGACGCCAGGCUCUAGGGCAUGCCUGGGGAGCAGGGGCCCAGGACACCCUCAGGCUGCGCACAGGAGCCCCGGGGCUGCAGGGGUGCCUCCGCAGGCCCCUCAUGCACGCCCCUCACUCUGGGGGCAGAGGCCAGCAGCGCCUGGAGCCUAUGGGACAGAGCAUGCUUCUCCAGCCCCUCAGCCACGUCUGAGCGCCAGGAACCCCGCAGAGCAGAGCACAGGGGGUCCUCCCUGCUCCCUGGGUGCCCCUAGCUCCACGCAACACCCCAGCUCUGUGGCCUGCGCCUGAGUGCCAGGGCCGUGGGGUCGGAAUGUGAGUGUGUCCAGGCCCAAGUCGACCGGAAGCAUCCAGAACAGAGACCCCAGCCAGACCCAGCAGGCUCCAGGAGGCGGCUCAGGAGGUGUUGAGGCUCCAAAUCAGGCGGGGCCGGGCGCCCCCAGCCAUCCACCAUGGUGGUGGCACACCCCACCGCCACCGCCACCACCACACCCGCUGCCACUGUCACAGCCACCGUCGUGAUGACCACGGCCACCAUGGACCUGCGGGACUGGCUUUUCCUCUGCUACGGGCUCAUCGCCUUCCUGACGGAGGUCAUCGACAGCACCACCUGCCCCUCAGUGUGCCGCUGUGACAACGGCUUCAUCUACUGCAACGACCGGGGACUCACCUCCAUCCCCGCCGACAUCCCCGACGACGCCACCACCCUCUACCUGCAGAACAACCAGAUCAACAACGCCGGCAUCCCCCAGGACCUCAAGACCAAGGUCAACGUGCAGGUCAUCUACCUGUACGAGAACGACCUGGACGAGUUCCCCGUCAACCUGCCCCGCUCCCUGCGGGAGCUGCACCUACAGGACAACAACGUGCGCACCAUCGCCAGGGACUCGCUGGCCCGCAUCCCGCUGCUGGAGAAGCUGCACCUGGACGACAACUCCGUGUCCACCGUCAGCAUCGAGGAGGACGCCUUUGCCGACAGCAAGCAGCUCAAGCUGCUCUUCCUGAGCCGGAACCACCUGAGCAGCAUCCCCUCAGGGCUGCCCCGCACGCUGGAGGAGCUGCGGCUGGAUGACAACCGCAUCUCCACCAUCCCGCUGCACGCCUUCAAGGGCCUCAACAGCCUCCGGCGCCUGGUCCUCGACGGCAACCUGCUGGCCAACCAGCGCAUCGCCGACGACACGUUCAGCCGCCUGCAGAACCUCACCGAGCUCUCGCUGGUGCGCAACUCCCUGGCCGCCCCCCCGCUCCACCUGCCCAGCGCCCGCCUGCAGAAGCUGUACCUGCAGGACAACGCCAUCAGCCACAUCCCCUACAAUACGCUGGCCAAGAUGCGCGAGCUGGAACGGCUGGACCUGUCCAACAACAACCUCACCACGCUGCCCCGUGGCCUGUUUGACGACCUGGAGAACCUGGCCCAGCUGCUCCUGCGGAACAACCCCUGGUUCUGCGGCUGUAACCUCAUGUGGCUGCGGGACUGGGUGAAGGCGCGGGCGGCCGUGGUCAACGUACGAGGCCUCAUGUGCCAGGGCCCCGAGAAGGUCCGGGGCAUGGCCAUCAAGGACAUCACCAGCGAGAUGGACGAGUGCUUCGAGACGGGGUCACAGGGAGGCGCGGCCAAUGCUGCUGCCAAGACCACAGCCAGCAACCACGCCUCUGCCACCACACCCCAGGGCUCACUCUUCACCCUCAAGGCCAAGAGGCCAGGGCUGCGCCUCCCCGACUCCAACCUCGACUACCCCAUGGCCACGGGCGAUGGCGCCAAGACCCUGGUCAUCCACGUGAAGCCCCUGACAGCCGACUCCAUCCGCAUCACCUGGAAGGCCACGCUCCCCGCCUCCUCCUUCCGGCUCAGCUGGCUACGCCUGGGCCACAGCCCAGCUGUGGGCUCCAUCACAGAGACGCUGGUGCAGGGGGACAAGACGGAGUACCUGCUGACGGCUUUGGAGCCCAAGUCCACCUAUAUCAUCUGCAUGGUCACCAUGGAGACCGGCAACACCUACGUGGCUGACGAGACACCCGUGUGCGCCAAGGCGGAGACGGCAGAUAGCUACGGCCCCACCACCACGCUGAACCAGGAGCAGAACGUAGACCCCAUGGCGGGCCUGCCCCUGGCGGGCAUCAUCGGUGGUGCCGUGGCCCUCGUCUUCCUCUUCCUGGUCCUAGGGGCCAUCUGCUGGUACGUGCACCGGGCCGGGGAGCUGCUGACCCGGGACCGGGCCUACAAUCGCGGCAGCCGGAAGAAGGACGACUAUAUGGAGUCCGGGACCAAGAAGGAUAACUCCAUCCUGGAAAUCCGGGGCCCCGGGUUGCAAAUGUUGCCCAUCAACCCUUACCGCGCCAAAGAGGAGUACGUGGUCCACACCAUCUUCCCCUCCAACGGCAGCAGCCUCUGUAAGGGCACGCACACCAUCGGUUACGGCACCACCCGCGGCUACCGGGACGGCGGCAUCCCCGACAUAGACUACACCUACACAUGA